GGAAACUGGGGGAGCUUUGGGAGCAGAGGGCGCGGAGCGGGACGGCCUCAGGCACCGCCGAGCCGCGCGGCGCCACCGCCACGGCUGUUCUUCACUUCUGCCUGAAAUGGCCAAGCAACAUUCCCCAUCGCUAGCUGAAGUUGUAAAACGAGUUGCAGAGCAGCAGCAGGCACAGGCGUCAGACAUAGAAAAAAGCAAAGCAGUUCUUUUCCAAUUGCAGGCAAAGUGCCAGGAACUCGAAAAAGAAAUGAAUUCGGUUCUGUUAGAAACAAAGACAACAGAAAGGGAAAUACAUCUGCAAGAUGAUGCCAUAGAAGUGACAAAAUAUCACUGUGAAAAUCUGGAGGCCCAAGUCAGAGCCCUGUAUUCUGAAAAUUUAAAAUUAAGGUGUGAUGCGGAAACAAUACAAGAGGAGUUUGAGAUUAUACUUGCAAGAAAUAAUGAAUAUCGGGAAAAAAUAAAGGAUCAUAAACAUCUCUUUUGGGAGAUGGAAAGUAAAUUGCCAAUUAUGAUUGAACUUGCUGAAAAGAAAGUGCUUGUGGAAGAACUAAAGGCAAAGAAAGAGGAGCUAAUAUGUGAUCUGCAGAAUCCAGAAGGAUCUGUUAUAAAACAAGUGCAGGAAGAAAUCACACUUUUAAAAAGUGAAGUCACAACAUUGAAAGAUUUCAUCAAUAAAAGAAGAGAUCUGCUGGAAGAAGAGAAAAAAAGGCAUGCCAAGCUUAGAAAGGAAAUUGAGGUACAGAAUAAGAGAUAUGAUGCUAUAUUAAAACGUUUGCAUUGCCAACUGAACAAAGUCCAUUCAAAUAAAAGACAAUGGCACUGGAACAUUCAACAGUUGGAGAAGAAGGCCGCAGAACUAAGAAAGUGUCUUGGAGUAGCAGAGUUACAAAACAUCAUGUAA